GUUUACGUUUUGAAUAGAUUUUUUUUGACAAGUAGAGGCAUUGAUCAUACUACAUUUUGGGUUUAUGCAGUAAAUGGAAUAUAAUGGUAUCGAAAAGGCGAGAUCCGACCAAUGUCAUACACAAAGUAGUAACUUUAAUUCUAACCCAUCUGUUUUGUGUCCCACCCAAAGACCAUAUAGUUUCUUGUUUCUUUGUACUAGUCCUGAUGAUCUCCAGAGACAUCAAAGAAUCGUAAUCGCGAAUAAUAAUGCUAAGAUGGGACUCGUGUUGGUCUUCCCACCACCAAACAUCACAACAAUCAAAUCAAAUCACCACCACCAUUGCUUUAUAACGAGACCAACAUCAGAAAGUUGUCAAGAACCUAAAGCAAAGUUGCGAGAAGAGAAAAUGGCGGAUGAGAAAGUGAUUGUUGAUGAGGUUGAGACAAGAGACGCUUAUAGAGUUGCGUACGUGAUCCAUUUCUUGUUGGGUGCUGGUAGUUUAAUACCAUGGAACGCUUUGAUCACAGCCGUUGAUUAUUUUGGCUACUUGUAUCCCGACAAGCAUGUAGAGAAGACUUUCACCGUGGCUUACAUGAGUUGCUCGGUCCUGGUUCUGGUUUUGAUGAUGACUUGGAACACAAGAUUGAGCUAUAGACUGAGGAUGAAUUUGGGGUUUUCCAUGUUCAUCAUCUCCAUGAUGGCUUCGCCAAUUAUAGAUUGGGUUUGGAAAGGUAAAAACAAUGAGAAUGUUUCGUACCUACUGAUGAUUGGAUCAGUCGUCCUAUGUGGUUUAGCUGAUGGAUUGGUCGGAGGAAGUUUGAUCGGUUCAGCCGGAAAGCUUCCUAGACAGUACAUGCAAGCAAUUUUUGCCGGGACUGCCUCUUCAGGUAUUAUCAUUUCCAUCCUUAGGAUUACUACUAAAGCUUCGCUGCCACAGACACCGCAGGGGCUGCGAACCAGUGCUCAUUGCUAUUUCAUAGUCAGCUCAACUAUCCUACUCUGCUGCUUCCUUUGCUGUAACGUUCUGCACAAGUUACCAGUAAUGCAACAGCACCUUAGGUUUGAUCAACCUCUGUAUUCGAAUCUGAAAAUAUGGGUGGUUGGGAGGAAGAUCAAGUGGCCAGCUUCGGGUAUUCUAAUAAUCUACACCGUUACCUUAUCGAUAUUUCCAGGGUUUAUAGCAGAGAACUUGAAGUCUCAACUUCUCCAAAGUUGGUAUCCUAUUUUGCUCAUCACGGUGUACAACGUCUCGGAUUUCGUAGGUAAGUCACUCACCGCUCUUUAUCUAUGGCAGAGUAUAAGAUCCGCUACGUGGGCUUGUGUCCUUAGGCUUCUCUUUUAUCCUCUCUUCUCUGCGUGCCUACGUGGACCGCAUUGGCUUAGAACAGAAGUGCCAGUGGUUGUUCUGACGUUCAUGCUAGGCCUCACCAACGGCUAUCUUACUAGUGUCCUCAUGAUCAUGGCUCCCAAAACGGUUCAUGCAUCCGAAGCGGAACUUGCGGCCGUCUUCAUGGUUGUUUUUCUAGGAAUAGGUCUUGUUUGUGGCUCAGUUCUUGGCUGGGUCUGGCUCAUCUGA